AUGCAACGAAUCUCAGUGUGGGUCCUGCUGGGCCUAGCGCUGUUAACUCUUAGUGCAUCCGGGUUACACGUGAGUGCUGAAGCGCCUACCGAGUACGAAUGCCGACCGUACAUCGAGAAAGCAAUCCAAGAUCUCAAGACCGAAUCAGCGGAAGUUCCCGAGAACAAUGUCAGCACAGAGGAUCCGAUCGAUGUAACCAGUCAGGAGGAGGAUGACAAUACGGCCGCGGAGGAACUGAGCAUCGAGGAAACGGACGCUGCAACGGACGAUGUUUCGGAAGAGUUAACUCCCUCGGAAGAGGUCCAAGAGCAGCUGUUCGCCGAGAACGUGGACGAGGCCGCUGCGGAUUCCGAGCCGGCGAAUAAUGGCACUGGCGAGAAUGAUGACGAUGAGGAUGAUGAUGAUGAUGAUGAUGAGCAGGCAGAUUCGGACAAGGUGGAAGUCUCGGAGGAGAACGGAGCCGAUCAGACCGAUGCGGCUGCAGACUCCGCUGAGGAGGAAACUGUGACCGAUAGUCAGGAGCAGGCGGACGAGACGAAUGAGGAACUGAACGUUUCCGAGGAGGCCGAGGUCGAAGCCGCAUCGGAGGAGAACGAAGAUUCCGAAAAUGCGCCCACGGUGUCCGAGGAGACGGCGUCGGAGGAAUCCGCCAACCAAGUGCUCGAGCAGAACGCUGACGACGACGAGGAUGAUGAUGAUGAAGACGAUGAUGAGGACGAUGGGGAAGCUGCUGACGCUACCAACGAAGACGCCCAGUCCGACGAGCAGCUUACCGAGAGUCAGGAAGAGCAGCAGCCCAGCAAAGAUGACGAUGAAGAGGAAGAUGAUGACGAUGACGAUAAUGUAACAGAAGAACAAAACAUCAGUGCAGAAAAAGACAAUGAAAAUGAUAAUGAUGAUGAUGAUGAUGAAGAUGAUGAUGAUGAUAAUGAUGAAGAUGAAGUUGAAGAUAAAGAUGACGAUGUAGAUGAGGAAAAUGCAGUGAAAGGAUCAUACGACGAUCGCGACACGGAAGAAGAUAAAACUGAAGAAGAAGAUGAUGAUGAGGACGAUGACGAUGACGUAAACAGUGGCGAUGACCAAACUGUCGCCAGCUCUGAGGAUGCAGACGCGAAUGUGGAAGGAACAAACUCGGAGGAGGAAGACACGACCGAGGGACUCAGCGGCGAGGUUAAGGAGACGGUAGCUGACGAUUCGGUUACCAGUGACGAAGUGGAGGAAGAGGAUGAGCAGACCCCUUCGAGCACUGAGGAACAAACUGAAACGGUCAGUGAGGAAAAGACCGACGCCACCGACAGCACGGAAGUGACCGCGGAAGAAAAUGACGAUGAUGAAGAUGAUGAUGAGGAGGAGAAGAAGGAGGAAGAUAAGGUGGUGAAUGGAAACGGUGACACAGCAAGCGAGGAGGAGGAUGAGGACAAUGAAGAAGCUGCCGCAGAUGCUGAGGGUGAUGAACAAUCUGAGGAGCAAGCCACCGAUAGCCAGGAGGAACCCUCCGUAGAAGCUGUGGAAGAAAGUGACGAAACCAACGACUCUGCCACUGUGGAAGGUUCGGAGGAAACCGCGCAGGAUGAGGAAGACGAGGACGAAGAGGUUGUGAAGGAGAGCGGUGAAGAACAACUCGAAAGCACUGAGCAAACGACUGAGUCUGCUGAGGUGGCCGACGAGGCAGUGAGCGAGGAGGAGGCAACGUUGAAGGCGGACUCCGAAGAAGGCACCUCCCAGGAGGGAGAGGAUGCGGUCGAGGCAGCUUCCGAAGAAACCGGAAGCGACUCGGACAAGGGAGAGUCGUUCCCCGAGGAAGAUCUGCUACUGGAGUACGAAAUUCCGUCAAAUCUUAGAGAUACCUCGCACAUCUACGAACUGCUCAACAUCAACGACGACACGUCGGCACGGGAGAAGGCGCUGCAGGAAACGGCGGACGUAAUCUUGCGCGACCUCAAGCGCAUCUACGACAACUCGAUCAAACCCCUCGAAACGCUGUACAAGUAUCGCGAUCUCAGCAACCGUCACUUUGGCGAUCCGGAAAUCUUCUCGAAGCCACUCGUCCUGUUCAUGGGCCCAUGGAGUGGCGGCAAAUCGACCAUUCUCAACUACCUCACACACAACGAGUACACGCCGAACUCUGUCCGAACGGGUGCUGAACCGUCGCCUGCGUACUUCAACAUUCUGAUGCACGGUAACGAGCCGGAGGUCUUGGACGGUACCCAGCUGGCGGCCGAUUGGACCUUCUCGGGAUUGCAAAAGUUUGGCCAGGGGUUGCUCGAUCGGCUCCGUGGCCAGAGGCUGCCCAACAAGCUGCUCGAACGGGUCAACAUCGUCGAAAUUCCCGGCAUUUUGGAAGUGCGCAAACAGGUGUCGAAAUAUUUCCCCUUCAACGAUGCCUGCCAGUGGUUUAUCGAUCGCGCUGACAUCAUCUUCCUGGUGUACGAUCCCUCCAAGCUGGACGUUGGACCGGAAACCGAAGCCAUCCUGGAUCAGCUCAAGGGACGAGAAUAUCAGACACGAAUCCUGCUCAACAAAGCUGACCAAGUGAAGCCCGAGGAGCUACUGCGAGUCCAGAGUGCUUUGAUCUGGAACAUUUCGCCGCUGAUGUCGUCGGCGCAGCCACCGGUGAUGUACACCGUGUCGCUCUGGUCCAAUCCCUUCGAGGUGGGCGCUCCGGUUCGUUUGCUGCAGGCACAGGAGCGCACGCUGCUGCUCGAUCUUGGACAAGCCAUUGACAAGCGAAUUGAGAACAAAAUCGCCAGCGCACGUCGCUUCGCUGUACGUGUUCGAAACCACGCCAAGAUGGUUGACUGCUACCUUACCACGUACUACAACCAGAAGACGCUGUUCGGCAACAAGAAGCAGACGGCCGAGAAGAUCAUUGCCAGCCCCCAGGAUUAUCAUAUCUACGAGGGCCUUUCGACGCUGACCAACAUCUCGCGUUACGAUCUGCCGGAUCCGGAAGUGUACCGUGACUUUUUCCACCUGAACCCGCUGUACGAGUUCAAGAAGCUGUCGGAGACGUGCACCUACUUCCGUGGGUGUCCCAUCAACAAGCUCGACGUCGCCAUUGCCUACGAACUGCCGGAGCUCGUCGGCAAGUACAAGAAGGUGUCCGAGGCGGCUCUUGCGAAGCUGGAUGUUCUCACGCCAACAUCCGAUUUCAGCAAGGGGAAAUCGAGUAGUUGA